AAAAAAGCCCCAAAUGAGGGACCUAGCCAUCCCCCACCCUUCUUCCCUUUCCACAAUUCCACACGGUCCCUUCCAUUUCAACAAUCAUCCAUUGUCUGAUAGCACGCAAGACUCUCUCCCAUGAGCAUUUUCCAUUUCCAAUGCCUGCUUCACCUUCAAGGAGGCCUCCUGCAAGCCUUCCCAACAUCACUGCGCUUCGGCAGGCACUCGAUUAUGGAGAUCCACAUCUCGCCCGGUGCAGCGCCUUCUACGAUGACGUUCGGGCUUUCAGGAAGAAGUUCAUCACCAGCGACGGCAUGCUCGGCCCUAGCCUGCAUGACUGGAGAGACCGCGACCACCAAGACGGACUCAGGGAGAUGACUCGGGCAUAUCUCGACAGAGACGGGAACGGCCUUUUGUUUUGGCCAGACGACCCCUCUGCCGCGAACUUCAACGAUUUGCAAUACACCCACGACCGACAGCAAAUUGAGAAUUUCGUGCGAAUGCUGUUUUUUCGUAUGAACCAACAGCAGUAUCGCAACGAGAAGUACAAGAACAAAGACAGAGCACCCUCAGCCGACACGGCUCCUCCCCGGGGAGCUAGCACACAGAACCCCAUCAUCAUAGACAACAGCCCUGACAUAAAUACCCCGUCGCCACAGGGCAUAGCCGUGAAGCUGGAAGAAAUUUAUGAUGUGCCACCAAGCCCCAGGCCAACUGAACUCACAAUCUUACCGGCGUUUCAACCUGCCACAGCUUCGGCUCGGAAACACAGCGCCCCCGACACACCUGGUUCUUCGCCAAGCCACCAAGCGAAGCGACCCAGGCAACAACAGCGGAAGCCCACCACCAAGACCGGCGGCCACAGCGGGACGAAAAGGCCCCCAGGAGCUGCCGUUCCAAAGCGAACAUCCUCUCGGCGGGUGUUGAGGGACGACGCAGGAAAAGAAGACUUGAUUGUGGCCGUGCCACCGUCCCCAACGGCCAAGGAGAACGCUUCACGCAGCAAUGAGGAACAAGGGAGAAGAACGGUCAGGGUAACUGCUGUUGACAGAUCCACCGUCACAUUCCGCUUCGCCGAUGUUAGGCCCAAUGCCAGUGAACAUGUCGGCGACACCCUAGAAGGAGGCCAAUCGCCACCUUUAUUACCCAGCAACCCCGUAAAUUCCCCUAGUGAUACCAUAUCCCGCCCACACCACGUCCUACAGGAACCAGCCCAGGAUUCGGAAGCCGGCCGAGACCCCGCUGCACACCUGCCAACACCCUCGACCGAGAGGAGGAGUGAGACGGUGGAACCAGCCAAGUUUGCAGCAGCAGCAGGCGCCGCCCCACGCAUCGACUUCCUCUACCGGGUGGUCCUCUCGCGGCGGCCGGUGUACUCGUACCGCAAGUGGACGCCCAGCAGGAAGCUGGAGGAGACGACCUUCGCCGAGUUCAUGGACGAGCUGCGCCUGCAGGGGGGGCCCGACGUCCGGGGCCUCGUCUUCACCGUCGAGGGCCCGGGCCUGCGCGCCGUCGAGGAGAUACGCCGCGGCGACGAGCUCGGCUUCGACUCCCUGCGCCGGCAGCUCAAGAAGGUCAUCCGCAGCCAGCUCGCCGGCCGCGGCGGCGCGCGAGGAGGGGACGCGCCGCCCUUGAUAUUCGAGAUGGAGAUCGAGCCCGUAAGGGGCGAGUCUGCGGUUGGGGAGGAGGACGUAGAUGACGAGGACUUUGUGAUAUAAUCAAUACCAAUUAUUAACUAAAACUUGAGGCUGCGGAUGUGGAUGUGGAAUUAGAUCAUGAAAAAAAAACGAGGAGUGGAUGUGUUGAGUUGCGAGGAGGAGUGGUGAGGUAUUGACGUGAGGAAAUGACGCAUAAUAUUCCGUAUUCCGGAGAAAAAAAAAUUCUUACCGGCUAAUGCCGGCCGGCCUCCAACGAUCAUCCACAUGUGUUGUGCUUCUUGGCGUUUGGAUGACACGUUUGUGGGAAGCAACCCAGCAAAACCCUAGCAAAUCAAUGAAACGCAAUUAGAACGCUCCAUACCUCAUAUUGUGCGCCGCUGCAGUCUUCCGUAGUCUUUCUGCUGCUCGAGUGUAAUGG